AGAUCACAUUUUCAAACAAAAGUCUCGCUCUCUCUCUCUCUCUAAAUCUCACUUUCUCUCCGUAUACGUAUACUUUUUUGUGUGUGUGAAUAGGUGAUGGGUCGUGGGAUCGAAGGAGGAUGUUGGUGUGCAAUUGUUAUUUUGUGUGCACUUGUUUCCGGAUCAGCAACAUCAAAUGAUGGUGAUAAGUGCGAGUUGUACCAAGGAAGAUGGGUGUACGAUGAGUCGUAUCCUAUGUAUGAUUCCUCCAAAUGUCCUCACAUUCGAAAGGAAUACGACUGCAUCAAAUAUGGACGCCCCGAUCGAAGCUACCUAAAUUUCAGAUGGCAGCCCGACCAUUGCAACUUGCCAAGAUUUGAUGCCGAAAAUUUCCUAAGAAAAAUGAGCGGCAAGAAAAUUAUGUAUAUCGGAGAUUCGAUAAGCUUAAACCAGUGGCAAUCGAUGGUGUGCCUUCUUCAUGCUGCCUUGCCACCACAAUCCAUUAUCACAACAGAAACUGUUAACUCGACUACAACUGUCAAGUUUGAGGAUUUUGGAGUUUCAAUUUCGAUGUUCUUGUCUCACUACUUGGUUGACAUUGUUGAGGAGAAAUAUGGUCGGGUUUUGAAACUGGAUUCGAUUACAGAUGGAGAUGUAUGGAAGCAAAACGAUGUUUUAAUCUUUAAUACGUGGCUUUGGUGGUACCGCGUUGGAGAAAAACAACCAUGGGACUAUAUAAAAAUAGGCACGCGUAUAAUGAAGGACAUGGAUCGGAUGGUUGCGUUUCGUGAGGCUUUAAAAACUUGGGCGAAUUGGGUCAAUUUGGAUGUGAACACUGAGAGAACGAAGGUGUUUUUUCAAGGAGUCUCCCCUUCUCAUUACAAUGGGGCAGACUGGAACAUGACUGGUGUGACAAACUGUGCCAAGGAAAUGCUUCCCAUAAAAGGAUCAAUGUACUCUGGCGGCAUACCGCUAGCGGAGAAGGUGGUAGAGCAAGUUUUGAGUGGUGUUAGAAAACAAGUGUCAUUGCUCAACAUCACCAGAUUGUCACAAUUGAGAAAAGAUGCACAUCCAAGCAGUUUUAAUGCCUUCAGAGGAAUGGAUUGUACACAUUGGUGUGUUUCCGGUGUUCCAGACACAUGGAACCAACUUCUAGCUGCUGCUCUUGUUUGAACCCCCUCUUUUGGAUGCUUUGUAUAUCAAAUGUCGAAGCAUUGAACAACUUCUAUGAUCAUAUCAAGAUUGUGCUUUGUUAGGCUGAAAGGAAAACUAAAUUUGAUAUUUGGGAUAAAAGGGAAACAUGGUAGCUUUCUCAUUCAAUAGAAUUUGUAAGGUAUACCGUAUACCAAUUGAGAAAUCAUGAAAAUAGACAUGUUGACCAAGUAAGUUAUCAAGAUAAGCAUUGACUUUUAAA